AUGGCCGAUUCCACCGAGUCCCGGCCGGUCGCCCGGUCCACCAAACCUGUCAGUGAAGCUCUUCUUAAUGAGAAGUGGGACCGCGCCAUCUCCUCCAUGAUCAUCAAGUCCUCGCUGGGCCUUUCGUUCGGUGUUGUUUUCUCGGUGCUUUUAUUCAAGCGGAGGGCCUGGCCCGCGUGGGUUGGCCUCGGGUUCGGCGCUGGCCGUGCUUGGGAGGAGGCAGACACUUCCUUCCGUCGAGGUGACUCGCCCGUCCGCGACGCGCUGCGCAGGUAG